CUGACCUCAGGUAGACAAGGGCUGUAUAGCUUCAGAUCAGCUUCUUACUUCGUCCUGCACAGUGAUCUUCUCACAGAACGCUGAGCUGAGGCCGCUUGUUUCUCCCCUUCUGUCAGCUGCUGAAGUAUCCCUGCAGGUUCUCCUCAGACAUUUGCCUGUUAGUGGCAGCACGUGCGUGUACAGACCUUACGUUGUGUGCCCCUCCUCUGUGAGGAAAUCUGGUCCGUUCAAUCUCCUGACCAGUAGGGACUUGCUGAGGAGAUGUGUAGACUGGAGUAUCUCCGUUCUUUUAGUAGUCCUGCAGUUCUAAGUUACAACGCUUGUGACUCAGCUUAAUGUGUGCGAGUAAAGCCCCGGUGCAGCACAGCCACUGAGAUUACUCCUUGAAAUAAAAGAAGUGAUGAACCACGGUAGUGGUUACCCACGCGCAUGCCCCAGUUGCUGCUGUCUGGCAUUUCUGAUUUGAAAUGAGACCCUUUAAGUUAUGGUGCUGUCAUCCAGUUCUGAGGCAGCAUAUCUGUUUGUGGUGCCCCUGCUGAUGCUGCGUGAGGAUCCCACGUUCCUGUUUGUAAGUCCUGAGUUUUAAGACUGGGACGACGCUAGUGACAGGGAUUAUGGAAGUUCUUCAGGCAGUUCUCUCUUUCCGUGUCUGUAGUAAGGAAAUUGUAAUACUUCAUUGAGUGUGUAAUGGUGAGUUCAUAAAAUGCAGUGUCUGGUGAGUUUGCAUAAAUAAAAGAAAAUGUUUUUUUCUGAGUAGGUUCAUGAAGAAAAUUCAGUUUGGUUAAUAUAGAGGUUUGGUUGUAUUUUUUUCCUUCUAUUACUGUAGAGGCAUAUUUCAUUUCCUGAAUAGCAGCAUCAGUAGAAUUUAAUAUGUAGAGAGUACGUGGAAGAAAGAAGGAACAAAGUUAUUCUGGUAGGAACAGUUAACAUUUAGGAGGAAACACUACUGCUGUGAUGAAAACAUGGAUCUACUGCAGCCAUCAAAAAGAGAUGGGAUGAGAAGAGACAAGUGUCCUGCACUGCAAGUGGCCUCCUGUUUGACAUUCGUUGUUUGCUAGCCUGGAAUCAUCUUUGGUGGCGGAAGGCUGGCGACGCUAAGAUGUUUGACAGAAUCAAACCAUCUGAUGAAGCUUCUGCUUCUUCAGUGCAAGGAAUGGAAAGACACGGUGUUGAAGGCUCGCUACAACAGGACAGCAAUAGCAGUUUACAUUCAAGAAGGCAAGAACAUCCUCGGCCUGGAUUAUCCACCAUGCAAAACAGACAAGGAUACUGCAACUGCUGUCACGUACACUACAGUAAUCUGGAACAGCAUAUUUUCAGCUCCCAGCACAGACAUUUUACCACUUACUGCAGGAAUCGCAUGGGUACCAGCAGCUUGAUGGAGCGUUUCCUGCAAGAUGUUUUGCAGCAUCAUCCCCACAGAUACCAUGACAACAGGCCAACCUAUGAUGAUAUGCCACUCCCUGUCACUCCAGUGUCUGCCAGAACUGCUUCUUCAGCAGAGGUGGAGAAAAAGAAGAAUAGAGGCAGACAGGUGACUUCCAGCAAAGAUGAGGAGUCCAUCGACAGUGUGCGCUCUUCUGCUCCAUACCUAUCUCACGAGCACACGAAGGAAACUUCUGUAACACAGACAUUUACUCAAAAGUUAGAAACUGAAAAGGAACGUGUUACAGGAACAUCCCAGAUGUCUAUGGGCAAUUGUAGCAAUGAGAAAUGCAGUGUCCUCAAAGAUGCUCAAGUUGCAAAUCAUAGCCAUGAAGGCCAGUUUACGGCUGUGAGCCCAGUACCUCAACAUUUUUCUGUCAAUACGUUAGUUCAUAGUUCUUCUGUUAAUCGUAAAAUAGAAAAAAAUAUUAAGACUUCAUCAUCAUCAAAUCGUAUUCUGCAUAGUGGGUGUGAUAAUACAGGUAUGGAGGUAUGCAGUAGGAAUGAGUUGAAGCCUGCUCUGGCACCGGUUCACCCAAAAUGCCCUUCAGUUUUGCAUCAGAGUCCUGUGUGCAGCCACAGGAAAUCUUUACAUGUUACCUCAGGUCAAUCUCUUUUAAAACGAGAUGGUUUACAAACUCAGGAUGAAACUUUGGUGUCUGAUUUCUGUCUCAGGGAUACUGUGGGGAUCAGCCGCUCCCUAGGUCUUGGGACUUCCCCACCAGUAGCAAGAUGCAAAAAUGUGAAGAUGAACAGAGGAGAUGCAAGUUCAGUGGAUGAAACAAUUGAAAAUGUUAUUCUGAAAUAUUGCCAUGGAACUGCAUAUGAAGAACUUCAUUUCAAAGAGGAGAAUAAUCUCUGUUUAACUUUUUCAUCGCUUCUGGAUAAUGCUGAUUUAGAGGGCUCUGAAAUGAGUUUUGACUGUGAUGCACCUAUUCAGUCAGGAACAGACUUACCCAAGGCAGCUGUAAAAGACAUAGAGUUGCUAAAAGAGGUCCAAAUAAAUCUGCAAGAUAAAGACUAUGGAACACAACUCUCUUCUGUUUUAAAAAGUGAGUCGGUGAAGCAAAUAGAAACAGUGAAAAAGAACAUGGGAGUUCAUUCUGAAGAAGCAGUUCUUCCAGCUCUGCCUCAUGUGCCUCCUUCUUUUGUGGGAAAGACUUGGUCUCAGAUAAUGUACGAAGAUGAUAUAAAAAUUGAAGAACUUGUGCGUGAUUUCAGGGAAGGUCGUUUUCGCUGCUACUUUGACAGUGAAUCCUCAGCCAACUGUAUAGGAAAGAAAAUGAAGAAAAAAAAGCAGAAAGAUGCAAAAAGGAACAAUACUGCCGAGGGUAAUAGAACAGAAACUGCAUCGGUUAAAGCACUGCCAGAGUUUAAUGAUGCUUUAAGUGGUGGCUCUGAUUUUGAUAACCCGUCUUUAGCUUCAGAAAGGGUAUGCAACCCACAAAUUCUUAAAACACCUAGGAAAAGGACAUGGCGCCUAGCUUCUAGAUGUCAGGUGGUUAAAGUCAGCCAUGGCACCCAAACAAGUCUAUUGAACUACCCUGUAACAAAAAGAAAAAUGACAAGAAGAGAAUCGGAUCCAUCUGAUCAAAAAGGAAGCAUUAUAUGGCCAGAAAAUGAGAGGACUCCAAACAUGAAAACUAGACUAUGUGCCCUUAAACUUCCUGAGUCCUAUAGCAAGAUUAUGAGCCCUGUGCAGCCCAAGACAGUGGUGUAUGUACUUUCGUGUCCAGAGAUGAAACAGUGUAAAGGUAAACCUGUAGAUAUUCCCAAAAUGAGGAAAAAUCGUAAUUCUACAGAUAGCAAGGACUCUAUAAGGUAUAAAUACAAACAGUGUUCUUUCAAGUAUUAUGACCCACUGACAAACAGAAUUCUGAAAAUGCCUCCUAAGGGUUCAGUUGGGGAAAAGGCCAAAAAGCCUUCUCACGUUCGACAGCUGUUCAGAAGUCUCAGCUUUGAUGCAAACAUGAGGAAAAUAGCUGAUGCACAGAGAGAAGGCACACCAACAAAGUCCUUCAGUCGAUCAGACUUCUAUAGUUCAUCUUCAGCAACUUGUCUGCCAGAGUCGGGUAAAGGGAAUGAUACAGUCUCAAGUCAAAAAGCAGAUGGAUCUUCAGUUUCCACGGAAAGAACAGAUUGUCUGGUAUCUAGUCACUCUGAGAACUCUUUUAAACCCCUGGUCAUUUCACCUUUAAAUUCUCACCAGUCUGUUGUUGAAGGAGAUGGUAGAUUAACUCCAUUUAACAGCAGAGUUACCAAAACUCCUCUGACCUCCAUCAGGGGUGACCGAUUAGAGAGAGAGAAUCCAAAAGCAAUAUGGAAGAGAAAAGAAAGCACUAAUAAAGAACCAUUUUUUUCCAAAAAAGCUGCAGGAGCUAUGUCUGUCAGAUGCGCUGUUGCGAGGAGAGGAAACAGAGUGACAACAGGCAAACAAACUUCCAGAACUAAAAAGCAACAAAAAGAGGGAAUGAGAAGGAAACUUUCUCCUUGUGCCCAGAAAUCUUCAGCGUUCCCCAUUCACAGGCACCAAACAAGGAAAACUACAGUGGGAAAACACCUUAAGAAAGAAAAACCCGAUGCUAAAAAAUUAAAUGUGAGGAGGAAGUCAAAAAGGACUUUUCUGAACUCAACAGUCACCAGUAUUCCUGAGAAGAGACAGAAAGGCACAUCGGGAUCUUUUCCCAAGAAGCCAGAGCGAGCUUCUUCCAAAGUCAGAAGCUGGGAAGUAAGUGGAGAUCGGGGUCACCCUAGCACUGUGAACCGACCCUCAAGAAGAACUUCUGCUCUACCAUUACUUAGAAACUGUAUUGUUCUACCAGGUGAGAGCUAGCCACCAAAACAAGUUUGUUUUUUUUUUUAAAUAGCCAGCACCUGGAAAAGGAAAGGGAACAAAUGGAGGCCAUAGACAAAGCAGUUGAAGUGCUUGAGCUGCAGAAAGUGCAAAGCCAGUCUAAUGUGAAACAGGUACAACUUUAAACUCUUGUUCCUGGUAUAUGGGACGUUAUAUAUUGCACUGUUCUACUGUGUAAAGCUGCAGAAGUUGUGCGUUUGAGUUUAAAGCACUUAGAUAGAGCCCUGUUUACUAGGCUUCACCUGUGUAUCAAAACACAUGGGCUUGAAUAGUAUGUUGUUUUAAUGGGAUUAUCAGUGCAUAAUAGUGCGCUAUAAUCAGGUAAAUUAGAAGCUGUAUUAAUUAAUUGUGCCUACUCUCAUUUUUUUCCCACAUAAUUCUUAAAGUGCAAAAAAUGAUUCUGUUAUACUAGAAACUAAAUUAAGAUAUAUUAAUCUGGGGUGAAUUCUGUGUAUGUAUUUUGUGUUUGUAUAUAUGCACACCUUGUUCAACACAUAAUAUGGUAUAUAUUUGCCUAAUGAGUGGUAUUGAGAUUAAUAUAGUAUGAUACAAUUCAGAUCAGUGCUUUUUUGAAAUGAAAUACAACUGUACUUGGUUUUUUAUUGAUCCUUUUUCCUGAAAUCAUGUCCAAAUUAGUUAUUUUGGACAAAAAGUCACUGUGGGCUGUUAUCUAGCAAUAAUGGACCAUCCUGGUAAGGAAAUAUGUCUCUCCUGGUUACCGUGGUGGUGGCUAUACUGAAUCCUCAAAUUCCAAAAGAAAUGUAAGUUUAGUGUUUUCUUUACUCUCUUUUGUUUUCUUUUUAAAUAGCUUAUUGGUAAAGUUCAUAGGUUAAUUUGACAUUCCUUAGAGAGGGGAUAGAAAUGUUAUAAUACAGACAAGCAGCAAUGAGUUUCAACAUUAAAUUUGAGACCCUGUGCUUCUUUUGGAUUUUAAUGGGGUGUACUGUUGGUUACGUUUCUGUGUACUAUAGUUCAAACUUUAUUUUAAAUAGUCAGUACAGUAUUGAAAUAAAACAAACAUGAAGCAGCAUCCAAUGUGUUAAAGUUCAAAUAUCUGCUUAAACCAGAUAUUUACGUAAGCUGAAUUAAAAAAUAAAAAUAAAAUAUUCCAUAAUUCUUGUUAGGCAAUUGAUACUCUAUGACUGUCUGCUGGGAAAGAAGUCUAAUAUUCUGCUGUUUUGGCUGUGUUUGUUUUUGAGUUUUUGGUUUGGUUUGGUUUCUUUGUUGUUUUUCUUUGGGCUUGUUUUGGUGGUUUUUAUUUGCUUUCAGUUUCUAUGAUGACAGCUUAUUUGAUUCAACAGUGUUUAGGAUACAGAAACCCCAGUGCUGAAAUUGUUUGUACACUUUAAAAUCAAUAUCAAUUUUUCAUUUGUCUUAAGUUUUAAGCAGAGAAUUAAGCUUCAUCACAGUCUGGGCUCUUGUUUGUACAUCUGCAGUUCGAUGCAUUAUAUAAAUGUAUCCUAUUGUAAAAGUCUUUGUAAAUUCCAUACUUGUACAGUAUAUCUUUUUUAGAUAGAAUAAGAAUAGCUUAUGAAAGACCCGGCUGACUCUGCUAUUGCACACCGUACCUCCUGUGCAUUCCCUCGCUCCAAAUCAAAACCUAUUCUUGGUUAAUUUUCUGAAGUGUCAAGGGUCCCUAGUUUGUAUUGAGAUAAAGCUGCACUUUGAACUGCUGUAUUUUUAAAUAAAAUCUGAAAGAAAUGUAAAAGCUGUCAUCAUAAACUACUUAUUGUUAAAAAAUGCAUCAAAAAACUGCCCAAAAUUAUAUAUACAUGCAUAUUUCCCAGCAUAAAUAAAAGAUGUGCGUGUACUUAAGCCAGCCGGAAACUAAGUUCUUUUGCAAGUCUUAUAUAGUCUGACUCUUUAAAAUUUUUCUUUUAGUUUUGAAAUAAAAGUGGGUGAGUUUACCUAUGGUUGUCAGUUGACAAAGAAUCUUAUGACUGUAUUACAAGUCACUGGAAAAUAAAGGGUUAUAAUAUGAUUUUUUUAUAGUCCUCUGAACUAAUUGUGCCUGUAUAAUUUAAUAUUUUGUCUAAUAUAAAACUGAUUUUUAAAGCAAAAUUUUAAUGGAAUGGUUUUUAUAGAAAGGCUAAUUUUUAGAAUAAAGUUUUAAAGCUUAAAAAAGAUUUAUAAGAUUAAGUUUGUUUUAAAGCAAAGCUUUAAAUUAACUAUAUAUAAGUCCCAUUCUAACAUAUUUUUAUGAUACGAGAAUGUUUUCCUAUCUGACUUGGUCAGUCUCAUUUUUCACACUAUUGUACACAUGAAAAAUAUGGAUUGUUUUGUUUGUGAAUAAGGUUUUAUGCACAUUCUUCUUUAAGAUUACUAGUGUAUGUUUGUUUACACUCAAAAAUACUGUUUUCCAUACUCAUUUAUUGCAAGCUUGUGUUUGUCUAGCAUGCAAAUUUCCUUGAAACUUUGAGUAAUAAAAUACAUUGAGGACUACA